CGCCGGCUAGAGUGUCCCUUCAGCUGGUACUUGUCGGAGCCAGGACUGGAGUGACGUGACGGCGGUUGGCGGCGAUGUUUCUGCCAUUGCUCUGUGGGGCAGAGCAGUGCGUCCAGGCGGCGCAGGGCACUUCCGGGGCAGCCAGUAGCAGCUACUGGUGUGGUGCUCCCCCAUUCCACACCUGCAGAACAUCUGACCCUGAUGAGGAGGAGAAAGAAGAGGACUAGGGAAGACAUGUUCAGUCAGAUCCUACAAGCCAGUGCUGUACUGGACUAUGAACAAAGGGCUUGGAGGGCCAAUAUGACUGACAGCCAAAAGAAGGAAAGAGAGGACAAGAGAGAGGCCCAGGAACCCCAGCAGGACAAAGAGAGGGAAACGCACCAGGACAUAAUGAGACUUCUCAGGCAGCAAACCCAAAUGCUGCAGCACAUGGUUGACCUAUAGAUUCAAAAAUGUUAGAUGCUCCAGCCUUUUCAGCCCUUGGAGAACUCCAUGAUUUCUGCUCCCUGCACCUCCCAACAUACCACAUAGCAUCAAGGGGAACAUCUUUAUCCCUGUCAUUCCUCACCAGGAACAGCAAGGAAAACCACAGCUUCACAGAACCAUGGUUGGUGUAUGUGUAGCCACAACGAACUACACUUGUGCAUGGAAGUGGACAGAAAUGUUUGCUGCCUUUCCAAUUAUAAAGUUCCACUCCAUUAAUUUGUUAGAAUUUUGUAUUACGUUGCCUUUGUUUUUGCAUUGUUUUCCUGCACUGUUUUUCCCACUCAGUAAAGUUCUAUUUUUGGAGAAUAAAAUUAUCUCUAUUAGUUCACAACACAUACUGUAGAAUGAAUAUCAGGACUCAAAGCAAACAGUACUUGUUAAUAUCCAGCAAGCACCACGUAAUUCAUAGCUUCAGGAAAACACCUAGUCAUAUUUAUAAAUGAAGAGCUAGCAGCACCCAAAGCUCCGGCACCGAAUGCUACUGUGGCUGACCGCUAAAGUGCUCUUUCAAAGCCUCCCUCAACUGCAUAGCCCUGUGUUGGGCUCUUGUAAUGGCUCUUGUGUCUGGCCACUCAGAGGCGGCAGACAGCUGCUCCAGCUCCACCCCGGCAGGAGCUUUUUCCCCCUUUGCCUCACAGAUAUUAUGCAGAACACAACAGGCAGCUAUAACUGUCCGGAUAUUUUUCUCGUUGACAUCCAGCUUGCAAGUAAAUACUGCCAGAGUGUCUACAGUCUACCAAAAGCACAUUCAGCAACUAUGCUGCACCUGCUGAGCCAGUAGCUAAAUCUCUCCUUGGAGCUUUCAGGGUGACCAGUGCAUGGCUUCAUGAGCCAGGGGAAAAAGGAGUAGGGUGAGUCUCUCAACAUCACUAUUGGCAUUUUAAUUGCGGAUGGUAAUCUGCCAGUCGGGAAAGAAUGUCCAUGCUUGCAGCUUUCUGAGUAGUCCUGUGAUCUUAAAGAUGCAAGUGUUAUGCACCUUCCCUGACCCCCGUCCACAUUGUUCUUAGUGAAGUAUCCACAGUGAUCUACCAACACUUGCAUAACCAUAGAAUAGCAGCCCUUUCUAAUGAUGUAUUCUGUGGCAAGGUGGACUGUUGCCAAAAUACGGCUAUUGCCCCACUGCAAUUCAGGAACCACCAUUGUUGCAAAAAUCCAUCCAUCAAGUCCUGCACAUUGCUGAGAGUCCUCCAUAACAGGAGACGAUUAGUGACCCUAUAUACUUGCAUUAUGGCAUCCCCUCCACUGUGGAUUAUCCAAUUGCAAAAUGAUUUUCCACUGACUGGUAGCAGUCUGGCACUGCAAACUUCCAGAGACUGAUCUCUACUUGUUUUUCCAUUCUCAAUGCAGUUUUUAUUUUUGGUGUCACUGCACUGAGAGCUGAGGUGAGCUUGGUACACAGAUCCAGGAAUAUGGCCUCCACAUCAUCUCAAACCUAUAUUACAACGAGAUCCCUCCAGUCAGUGUUCGUUUCUGGGGCCCAAAAGUAAUGCUCCACCAUCUGCAGCUGCUUUGUGAACACCACCCACAACCUUGAAUUGUUUUUCACUAUGUCCCUUAGCAAGCUCUGCUUGAAGAAAUUGUCAUGUUCCCCAUUUUUGCGGUACUUCUGCAGGUUUCCAAAUAAAAGAGAAUCAAGCAUCCUAUAUUUGCAACAUUCAUGAGAAUAGUGCAAGGCUCUACAGGCUCCAUGCUUCCGUGAGAGAUGGUGUAUACUGAAAAGUGCUGUACAGGUUUCUGGGAUUUAAAAAAAAAAAUGCAUGAAAAGUAUGGGGUAUGGAUGGUAUUAGGAAAUUGAGCAGGUAGCAUGCUGGGAACUUGACCCUUGCAUCCAGAGAUCACUGGGCAAGUCAUUUCUAUCCACAACAUAUUGUGAAAAUUUCCCAAAAGGCAUUGCACCAGAUGGCAGCAUGUGGCACACGGGGAUACCUACCUGCGGUGCACUACAUUUUGCAUCGCUACACUCUUGCACUGAAUGCAGUAACUAUCUCUGAGGGGGACUAUCAUGGUGAAAUACUGUGCAGCAUAUAACUGCAGUAAUGCAGACACAAAGUUAAAUCGGAAGCAGGGAAUAACUUUUCAUAGGUUUCCCAAGGAUAAUAAGAAAAAACAGCAGUGGGCCCAGGCAGUACAUCGGGCUGACCCUGUGAGUGGCAAACUCUGGACACCAUCUGAAUGGGAUAUGAUUUGUUCUCAGCAUUUCAAUCCUGACUGCUUCAAAGAAAUUAAUGGAAAGAAAUUUUUAAAGGAAGGGAGUUGUCCUUCUAUAUUUUCCUUUCCUGACAAUUUUCAGAGAAUAGAUAAUUCUCUACGGCGAUCAGCGAAGAACUCCAAAUGUGCUGGCACAUUUCUAGAAAAUCCUCCUCUCACGGCAGAUUCCACUGAGGUGUACGUUACUGUAACGAAAACAGCAAACAACUCAAAAAAAUUAACAGAAAACUUCAGCCAUGCUCAUGAGGUGGACACAAUGGUGGUGUGUAAUACACAGGACACAGUAAUGACAGACCACCAUUACCAUAUCACAGACAGUUCAAAAACUCUGAAGAGGAAACUGGAUGAACUUUUAGCAGAGAAUCACAAGCUGAGAAGAAAAUUAAGAAGUGCUUCUGAUCAUGGAGAGAGACUCCAUAAAAAUAUGGAAAAGUUGUUGGACAAGCUGCACUCUAAAGACAUGUUGUCAUGGGAAAUAACGUGAUUGCUAUGUCUGUGCAAAGGCCAGGGGCUGAAUGACAGAUCUUCUCUCCCAUUGCACCCAGCUGUUGGAUAAGAAAUGUUCACUAAUGUUUAUUGCUAUGCGUGUCAUUUUUUAAUGUAUUUAUUAAAUAAAAAGCUGUAAACAUUACUGAAGUUUUCAUAUAAAAGCUAGAAACUUGAAAGUUAAGAUUGGCACUUGUGUUGUUCAGGGAGUGAAUGUCAGUCUUUUACUUUAAUUCCCUGUCUCUUCAUUUGUCCCACAUGGUUAUUUUUUAGCUAUAUAGUUUCAUGAAGGGUGGAUGGGAGAUUUACUGCUUUUUUUAAGAAGUCUUCUGUAGACAUUUACUAAAUGUGUAGUAUUUACCUGAGAGCGCCAUGGCUUUUUGAAAUAAUACACUAGAAUGUUCCAAUAAGUAUUUAUAAGUUUCCCCAAACCUGAUAGGUUACGAAAUUUAUAGUCUGAUAAAUAUAUUGCAGCAUUUAUGAAAAUUUGUAUUGGUUCAUCUCUUUAUAUUUAACCAGUGUAUUUGACUAGUUUCAGAUAAUUUAAUGGCAAAAAGUUGAAAAGAUCAUAUCAUGACAUUUCUUUUGCAGCUCCUCCAAAACUUCUAGCAGUAAAAACCUUCACAACAUCUCCAACCAUCAGACUUUGCUUAGAGCACCUACUUUAUUCAUUGUUGUCUUUCCCCCCUUCUCCAUCUUAAGUCAGAUUUUAAGUGCAUUAAUUUCUAAUAGCGCAAUGGUGUCAUUGCACCAGCCAUCCACCCAUCCACUAUAAAAUCAGUUUAUAUAAUGGUUUGAAAUAUAUAUAUAUAUAUUUUUUGAAAGACUGGGAUGUGCAUUAACUAUUGUAUUAAAUCUUAUGAUCACAUAGUAACGUGUGUGUGUGUGUAAUAUAUACACACACACACACACACACCCCGCUACCCUGAUAUAACGUGACCCAAUAUAACACAAAUUCAGAUACAACGUGAUAAAGCAGGGCAGGGGCGUUGCACAUUCCGGCAGAUCAAAGCAAGUUCGAUAUAACGCGGUAAGAUUUUUUGGCUCCUGGGGACAGCAUUCUAUGGGGGUUGAGGGGGUGUAUGUAUGUAAAAUUUAAUAUUGUUUAAUAGAUCCAGACUUAUUCUAAUCCAUUGUAUCAAUAUAUAGUUCUGCUGUCAUAUUGCAUGCUAAAAUUGAACCUAUUAAAAUUCAAUAUGAAAAA